AUGAGCACCGCCGAUCAUGCCUCGUCACAUUCAGUCACGGAAUCAUCGCACACAGAGGCUGAAGUGACAGUUGACCCAGCCAUCGAGGAGAAGAACAUCGAAAGCCCACCUGCUAUCCCUAUCCCAACUAAAAGAUACCCGGAGACAGAUCUUGACAAGGGACUUGUUGGUUGGGAUGGACAAGAUGAUCCUGCAAAUCCUCAGAACUUCUCAUCAGGCAAGAAAUGGGGGUUGCUGAUGCUCGUGAGUGCCAUCACGUUCGUCUCGCCUCUAGCGUCGAGUAUGUUCUCUCCAGCAGUCGUAUAUGUUGGAAAGGACCUGAGAGUAUCCAACGACAUAUUACUUGCCUUUAGUGUCAGCAUUUAUCUCCUCGGAUAUACUUGUGGACCUCUCUUGCUUGCGCCUCUCAGUGAGAUCUAUGGCCGUCGUAUCGUGCUCAGCUGUGCCAAUUGGUUUCUAGUCAUUUGGCAGAUCGGCUGUGCUCUCGCACCAAACAUUCAAACCUUGAUUAUCUGCCGACUGUUCGCUGGUAUUGGAGGAUCUGGCCCCUUGACGGUGGGUGCAGGAGUCAUCGCUGAUUUGUUUCCCAUUGAGCAGCGUGGCCUGGCAACUGCAAUCUGGAGUCUGGGCCCCCUGAUUGGACCAUCCGUCGGUCCCUUAGCAGGAGGGUUCAUGGGAGAGACAAUCGGUUGGCGCUGGAUCUUCUGGGUAUUGAUGAUCCUGGGUGGUGUGGUGUCCCUAGGCAUCGAGUUCUUGAAUGAGGAGACCUAUGCCAUUGUUCUGAUCCGCCGAAAGACCGAACGUCUGUCCAAGGAAUUGAAUCGACCCGAGCUUCGUAGUGCCUAUUCCCCCAACCGGGAUAUUCGCAUCUCACUGCGACAAACAUUGAAGCAUGGCCUCCGGCGUCCAAUUAUCCUUUUCGUCAAAUCACCAAUUGUAGCGCUGCUAUCUCUUUACAUGGCUGUCGUCUAUGGCCUGUUAUAUUUGUUCUUUACCACCAUCUCUGACGUCUUCACGAAUACCUAUGGCUGGUCAACCGGAAUAUCUGGUCUCGCAUAUAUGGGGAUUGGAGUGGGAUUUAUCCUAGGUCUUGCAGCCAACGCGAUGACCAGCGACCGCAUUGUGAAGAAACUGACUGCGCGUAACGGCGGCAAAUAUGAACCUGAGAUGCGUCUGCCUUCCAUGAUCUUCUAUGCGUGUUUCGUGCCGGCUAGCUUCUUCUGGUAUGGUUGGUCAGCGGACAAAGCCGUUUUUUGGAUUGUCCCCAUCAUUGGAAUGGCGCCCUUCGGCUUUGGCCUGAUGGGUCUUUACCUUCCCAUCCAAAUCUAUGUCAUUGACAACUAUCCGGCUUAUGCCGCUUCAGCCAACGCCACAUUAACCACAGUACGAUCCUUCGUGGGGGCUCUCCUUCCACUAGCUGGAACGCCACUGUUUGACUCCCUUGGUCUUGGCUGGGGUAAUUCGCUUUUGGGAUUUAUCGCAUUGGCGUUUAUUCCUGUUCCGAUUAUUUUCUCUCGGUUUGGUCAGCGGAUUCGGGAGAAGUUCCCCGUUGACCUAGACUAG